AAAUAAAGAGAACAUGAAAGGACCAUCGUUUUAUAAGCUACGAAAUAUCGCUGAAAGAGCCAAAUCCUAUCCCAUAAAUCGAGUUUAAGAUGUGUUUCGGCGAUUGGACUGGCAUAAAUGCAUAAUAUUAAAUGAAGAUUUAUAUAUUUUAAAGCUUGUGCAUUACUGCAGUUGGCAACAAAAAACGAUAUUUUCAUUGUAACCUGCAGUCGUGGUUGUGAAAUAUUUCAUGUCAUAAGUUAUUUUCAUCACUGAAAGUAAAUUGAAAUCAACGCCAGAUUAGCAGUGGGAGACAGACGAGUACAACAUCAACAUACGAGUUUAACUAUAUACAUACUUACAAUUAUAUUUAAAGACAAGAAGACAAGCAACAUUUGUUCGAAUACUAGAUUAUAAUUGAAUGCAGAUUCUAGACAAGUUUGAACACAAAAAUUUCGAAACAGCAUGAAGGGUUGGUUUGACGCUUUUCGUGACGACGGUGGACCAACACUAUAUUCAUUCCCAAAUCGUACACCGGUGACAGGCGAUGUCUCCAUUGUUGCCGUCUCUGUUUUAUUUGCAACAUUUUACGUUGCCUUUCUAGUGAUAUUUCCCGGUGUGAGGAAACAGAAAUUCACCACAUUUUCGACAGUCACUCUCAGCUUGUUCGUGGGCUUAGUCAUACUAAUUACGCGAUUGGGCUCCGCUUGGCAUGUGGCGCACACAACCAUCAUAGCGCCGUACAAGGCGUUCUCGCGUGAGAAGAUGCCGUCGCGGAUAGGCACGCAUAUCGGCCUCAUGCACGUCAAUGUGACGUUGACAGCCAUACCGGUUGGCAAUUGGACAGCACCGGAUGUGGACUACAAUGAACGCUUCGGAUGGGAGGGUGCCAACGAUAUGAGUGCCAAUUAUCGCGAUGCGUUGAGACGUGGCCUUCCAUUUCCAAUACUGACUGUGGCGGAAUAUUUCAGUCAGGGCCGUGAGGGUUUUUGCUGGGGCGGCCAAUAUCGUGCGGCCGGCUACUUUGCCAGCAUCAUGCUGUGGGCAUCGUUAGCCUCAUGGCUGCUCAUGAAUCUGCUGCUUAUCGCUGUGCCACGUUAUGGUGCUUACAUGAAGGCGCUGACGGGCGCACUGCUCAUUGGCACCAAUAUUGGCUAUUACUGCAUGCUGCCAAAGCGUCCGUUGAUCAUCUAUUUGGAAGGCGGUCGCUUGGAGUUCAAGCUCGGCUGGUGUUAUUGGCUUUUGCUGGUUGCCGGUAUCCUUUGCUUCAUUUGUGGCGUUCUAAUAUCCAUAAUUGACUUAGUGUGGCCGCAUACUUUCUCCACUGUGCUGGAAGUGUACUAUGGCACACCAUACGACAGACAUGUUAUCCUAGAGGAAUCAAGUGAUGUGCGUUUUCGCAAACGUGGCACUGCUGGCGGCGGUGCUGGUGGCUUGGAGGAUCCACCAGGACUGGGUUCACGUAUUUUGCGUCGUCUUUCGUCAAAGGCUCGAGAUCAUGGUAAUGCCGCUGCAUAUUAUGGCGGUAAUGCUGGUGGUGCUGGUGUAUCUAGUGCGGCGGGUGUCAGUGCUGGUGCAUCAGGUGCCAUGGUGCCGGGUGUUAUUGAAAAUAAGAGCUUCCAGUCGGACGUGCCGAAGAGUCCAUGGCGUUAUCCAUUCAGACGUGCACAGCAAUUGCAAGCGGCGCGUCCGAAUGCGCGUCUACAGCGUACCAUCUCACAGGAGUCGGGCUCUAGUAUAGCAUCAGCGGCCGUUCAUAUCUCGCCAUUACAUAAGCACGCGCUGGCGCGUAUGCUGCCCAAUCCACCCAUGAAUCGCAUUCGAGAUGUGGAACACUGGUGACCUCAACAAUGUUAAUGUUUGAUACAAACGUCGUUUUUUUGGAAAUUAUUACUAAGCAAAGACAGAUAUUUAUAAGUGAAGUUUAAUUUAGAGCGUAACUCAUAGUUCGCAAUUACAGUUAUAUAACUAAAAACAAAUAUUGUGAUACAAAAACGAAAAAUAAGAAACUAUUUAGAACUACUAUUGACAAGUAUACUUAUACACAUACAUAUAUAGGGAAUCUUAAGUAAUGGAAUGCCAAUACAAAAACGAGUAUGAUUUUAAAAUAACGAGACAAUUUUAAUAAUUUUAGAAGACAACACAGGCAACGACACAACUUUACAAUUUCAAUGUGAUAAAUCAGUUAUGUUUCAGCACAAUAAUUUUAAAGAAAAUAUGUUUGAUUUAUUUUUUAACUUUACACAACCAUAAACAAAAAGCAAUUCCAUAGUUAUUAUCAAAGGCGUUUAUAAUAGACUAACGAUUAAGUUAUUCUUAAGUUAACAAAAUUAUUUAUUGAGUAUUAAAAAUGAAACAAAAACGAUGUAAUUGAUUUAGGUAAUUUUUAGUGCGUAGAAUUCGUAAAAUAUUUAAGUAAAUUUU